AUGGCAAAGAUGGCUACCAGCUGCUACCAAGCCUGGAAGUCAUUGAGGGGGAACUUCGGCUACGAUUUCGACAACGAAGCCGACGACGCCGAUCGGAAGCCCCGUGGGCACGAGUUCGGCUGGAGCGCGGCGCACGAGGCAUGCGACAAGGGCGACGUCACCGAGCUCCGGCGCUUCGCUAAGGGGGCCGGGCUCAGUGUCCGAUGCGCGGCCGGCAACUCGCUGCUGCACGUCGCUGCACGGAGCGGCCAAGUAGAGGCCGCUGUGAGGACUUUGAUGGGCAGAACGAGUUAG